AUGCGCCAUGGAGCAAGAGAUCCUCAUACAUGGACUGAGAUGGAUAGAAACUUUUUGUGGAUUGUGGAUCCAACCAUUUUGACAGAGAAAGGAGUUAAAUAACUAAUAUAACUUGGGUUGAACUAAUAAAGGGAAGAUAUAUUCGAUGCUUCUGGAAAUUGCAUUUAUGAAACUUUGGAACUACAGUCCUCAAAAUCUGCCAGAUGCACAUCAUCGAUAGUCUGUUUUAUCAAAGGUUUAUGCCCAAAAAAUUAUGCAGAUAUUUUACAUAGACUAUUUUAAGAAUAUUAUCAACCCUAUGUAACAAAUCAGACAGCAUAUGAUGAAAUAAUGAAUUCUAAUUUUGAAGAUCCUCUUGCAUUGAAUUUUGAAACAUUUAAUAAGCCAUAAGAUUAUAUGUUCCAGGGAUAAAAGAAGAAUACAUGCCCCAAAGUGCAAACUGUUAAUAAAGCUGUUUAAUCUUCAGCAAAAUAUAAACAAUAAGAAAAAGAACUAUUAAGUAGAUCAGAAUUCGACAAAGUUUAUUAUUGGAUCUAAGAAGCCAAUCCAAGUACGAAAAUUGACAAAAGUAAACUAACUCUUGCUGAUGUUGAUGAAUUUUAUGAUGAUUUCUUUUGUAAUCGCUUUGAAGGAUUUAAUUUUCCUAAUCCAGAUUAAGAUACUUAAAAUUAUAUUAAUGAAGUUGAACAGUUUUUAGUAUAUUUUGGAGCCAAUUCUGAACCUUUAUAACAUUAUGCAGGAGUAUCAGAACCUUUCAGAUGGAUCAUUUAAUAAUUAAGUUCAAGUCAAUCUUUGAGUGUUUAUUCAGGAACCGAGUCUAAUUAAAUGGCUAUGCUUUCUGUUUUGACUGAGCAAUAAUAUUUGACUCCAUUUGCAUCUUAACUUGAAUUUGUAAUUUAAGGGUAAAGAGUAUAUAUAUACUUUAAUAAAUAAUUCUUAAAAGCCUCUUAUUGCUAAAGCGAUUUCUAUUGUACGAAAUAAGAACUAAUAAAUUAUUUAAGCAAAUACGUAGUAAACAACCUUUAAGAGCAAUGUAAUUCAAACGAAGAAUGA